GACGUUGUAUAAUCGCUUUCCCCCCCAUAGGUUCAGGGACAAAUGUGUUGCUAAUUGACCUUGCCACAUUUUGUCAAGGUCAAGGUAAUGCCUCCUGGUCAGGACACCUCCAUGAACAACUUGAAUGACCCCCCUAGAUGGAACAUGGGGCCAGACCCACGAGGAGGUGCUGCUGACGGGAACCAAUGGAAUUAUGCCCCCCUGGUGCCAAUGCUGGCGCUGGCUGCCUUUCGCUGGAUCUGGACCAGAGAGUCUCAGAGAGAGAUCAUAAAGGUCAAGGCCCAGUACGACCAGGACAUGUCUGCCGUGACCUCCAACCUUGAGAUGAAGUACAGAGACACCCUGACGGAGAACCGGCGGGCGGCGGCCAUCUUAGAGCUGGAGCUGGAGGAGGAGAGGCAGACGGUUCAGGGGUACCGCCGGGCCCUCAUCUCACAGAGCCAGCGGGUCAUGGAGGAACGCAAGCAGCUCCAGGUGGAACGAGAGGCUCUGGAGCAGGAGAAGACAAAGCUUUUAGAAUCCGGCGCUGCUGGUGCCAUCCUCCAACGCGCUCUGGACAGAGAGAGCAACUGGCACCAGAGGGCCUCAGCCAUGCUGAAGGAUCUGGAGGAGGGCCUUGUAGAGAGACAGGGGGCCUACUGCAACCUGCUCCUCCCCAGGGAACAUAGGCUGGAGAUGGAGAAGAACCUGCUCCUCAAGGUGGUUAAGGAACCGUUGGGGACUGAUACAGAUCUGGAGGGAGACCUGAAGGACAUCUUUAAGAACGACCGCUACUGUGCCAAAGGCAACAAUCGCCUCCUCAACGUGAAGAAAAUGGACAAGAGGAAGAAUGGUAGCUUGAUGUGGCUCUACCUCAGAUACUGGCAGCUGCAGGUUACCAUGGAGACGCAUAAACGGGCAGAGGACUCAAUACUGGGAAACCAUCUGAAGUGACCUUGAUAGGGUUGACAUUAAGGAUAUAGUAUCAGUCUUCUUGACUGCACAAAUGUUUUAUUUUUCACUAAAGGUGAAUUAGUGUGUAUAUUUCAUUUCCUCUACAUCAUAUUAUGACUCCUGACGAAUGUAAACACUUACUUAGUUACUAUUGAAACACAGUAAAUGCCAAUGGAAUUGUCAUUGAAUGUCAGGGAUAUUUUCAUGACUGCAGUUUUGCCUAUGCACUCCAAACCCAAUGUUGGAUGAUAUGAAUGAUACAGUAUCAUGAAUUAUAGAGGAAUAUUUCCUUUUGUAAAAUCCUGUUAUUUCCACUUUGGACAUCACAGCUGUUUGGUCAGUCAUGUAAAAAAGAGUGAUAUACUUUAUUUUGAUAUCACAGAAGAUACAAUGUUAUAACAGAGACUGUGGUUGUGUCAUGCAAUCAUUCAAUAUACUGACAUCUCUGACUGGA